GUCAGCUCUGUGAGAUCUCUUCUCAAGUUUUGAGCCGUUCAUACACCUACUGCUGCUGCUCAUUUAACGUGGACAUCGGCUGGGAAAGGGACUUAAGGUUUCAGUUCGCAUCUGGAAGAAUAAAACAAAAUGCCUGGACCAGCAGCAAGUGCAACCAAUGUUGGGGCGUCUGGCCGUUCCCCCAGUAAGACAGUGGCUCCCCGUGCAGCAGGCUCCACAGUCAGACAGAGGAAAGCUACUAGCAGUGGUACACGCAGCGGUGGCAGGACCACAGGAUCAGCUGGCACUGGUGGCAUGUGGCGCUUCUACACAGAAGACUCACCAGGCCUCAAAGUUGGUCCAGUGCCAGUGCUGGUGAUGAGUCUGCUCUUCAUUGCUUCAGUCUUCAUGCUGCACAUCUGGGGGAAGUAUACCCGCUCUUAAGGCCCACCUGAUGACCCCUGACCCUGCAGAUUGGUUUCUUAACAUAUUGGACUUGGACCAAACAAGAACCGAACAACAACCUUAUGUCCCUUGUUCCCUUCUCCUCUGUCAUUACAACACACAGGCACUCAAACUGGAUUUUUAUGCAACCGUGUCAGUACAUGAUCUUCAUUUGAAUCUGAUGUUGGUUACCACCUUGCUGUUUUUGUCCACCCAUAUUUUGAACAUCUGAUUGGUUGAUCCGGAGGAAGCCAUGCUACCCCACCUGUGUGUGUGUGUGUGUGUGUGUGGCUGUCCUUCAAAGCAGCAGCAGCAGCAGCAGCAG